AUGGGGAAAUUUCAAGGAUACAAAUUUGAUGAAGGAAAUGAGAGGUUUUCACACUUACAAUACGCGGAUGACACACUGAUUAUUUGUGAGAAAGCGUGGUCAAAUAUUCGAUGCAUCAAGGGGGUAAGUCUCUUAUUUGAGGCAAUGUCCGGGCUAAAAGUCAAUUUUCACAAGAGUUCGCUAGUGGGGGUCAAUGUAUCUCAUAACUGGUUGUUGGAGGCUGCAAACGUUCUAAACUGUGGCAUCACUGAUCUCCCUUUUGUGUAUCUUGGGUUACCAAUCGGUGCAAACCCAAAGCGGAUGGAAACUUGGUCCCAUGUGUUAAGCACGGUGAAAUCAAGGCUAUCGGGCUGGAAGAAUAAACAUCUCUCUAUUGGAGGUCGAAUAGUAAUUCUAAAAUCAGUCCUAUAUGCGAUUCCGGUUUACUACCUAUCCUUCUUCAAGGCUCCGACAGGUAUUAUUCUUAAACUUGAAUCUAUUUUUAAACAGUUCUUAUGGGGGGGUGGCGAGAAUGAGAGGAAAAUCAAUUGGGUUAAGUGGGAUAAGGUUUGUAGGCCAAUUGAAGAAGGGGGGUUGGGUAUUAGAAGAUUAGGGCUGUUCAAUUCGGCCCUAUUGGGAAAAUGGAAGUGGAAAAUUAGAGUAGAAAAGAAAGGAAUUUGGUUUGCGGCAUUAGUAAAUAGAUACGGGUUAAACGCGGAGGCUUUUUGUACGGGGGCAAGAGGAAGCUCAAGUUGGUGGACUGAGUUAUGUUCAUUGGACUUAGGGAGUAUGGAAGAUAGAAGUGAGUAUUCUGUUAAGGAUGUGUACAAAAACAUAUCAGCUACAGGUAACGACGAGCCUAUGAUUCCAUGGUCAAAAUUAUGGAACAAAGCGAUUCCUCCAAAGGUGUAUGGAGCAGCAUUUGCAAGUGGCUGGGAGUUGCAGCAGCUCUGCAUAAUGAAGGCUGGCACCACAUGA